AUGCCCAAAGUAGCUCGCACAAAAAGGUCAAAAGUUAGUAUUUAUUUGGAAGAAUUUCCAAAUGAAACUUUUAGGAGUGAUGGACACGUUUUAUACUGUCAGUCUUGUGAUAAAUCAGUAUCUAUCGACCAACGUGGUCAAGUUGAAGUUGAUUCAGUUAAAAGAAAAGUAUCAAAAGAAAAUGAAUCAAAUAAUAUAGCUAUUUCUGAAGAGGAUCAUCAGGAAUUGGAACCAGAUUUAAUGUUGACUUCUUUUAGAGAAAAACCAGAAUGUUGGGAUGACAAACAAUUAAAAUAUUUCACAGAUGAGUACACUUGGCUUUAUUUUAAAGAGACUAAAUUAGGUUGUCUUAUUUGUAAAAAAGUAAAUUUUAAUUUAACAACAUGUCAUGGGGCACAUUCUUCUAAAGAAUGGAUAAAUGGUGAGGUGGGCGCUGUAGGAACUGAUGAUAGUAAAAUGAAAGCCAAUUUAAGAAAAAAAAUAUGUAAGCAUAAAAACUCACAAGCUCAUUUAAAAGUCCAACAAAUUAUUGAUAAGGGUUCAUGUGAAGUUUUACCUGGACAAUUUUCCAAACUUUCAAGUUUAGAACAUGAAACUACUAGAAAAGUUUUCAUAACUGCUUACUUUAUAGCAAAAAAUCAACGACCAUACACAGAUUUGCCUAAACUUGUGGAUUUACAAACCGUUAACAGUCUAAAUAUGGGUAGAAUUCUUCAUACUGAUAAAUCUUGUAACAGUAUAAUUGAACAUAUUUCAGUAGAAAUUAGGAUUAAGAUUUGCAAUGAUAUCAUUGAAAAUCAAAGAAAAUUUUGCAUUAUUGUUGAUGAAUCCACAACAUUAAGUCAAAAAACAAUGUUGGUUAUUUGCCUAAGAACUGUAGUUGGACCAAAUAAUGAAGUCAUAACUUUUUUUUUUGAUAUCAUUGAACUAACAAACACAUCUGCCGAUUCAAUCAAAAACGCUAUACUAACAAAUCUUUCAUCUCACGGACUCAACAAUAAUUUUCUAAAGUUAAAUCUCAUUGCAUUUGUGAGUGAUGGCGCGUCAUCAAUAUUGGGUCGAAUUGCUGGUGUUGGAGCUCAAUUAAAAAAAAUGUACCCGAAUAUAGUUAUUUGGCAUUGUUGUAAUCAUAGGUUAGAACUCGCUGUAUGUGAUACCUUAAAAGAAGUUAGUGGUAUUAAUAAUUUUCAACUGUUCAUUGAAAAAUUGUAUGCUCUGUAUCACCAAUCGCCAAAAAACAUGAAUGAGCUUCAUAUGUGUGCUGUAUCUUUGGAACAUAACUUACAACCACUAUACCAACACUUCACAACUGCUGCCAAUGAUGGUUUAAGAACUUCAAAAGAAAAGUCAAAAUACUUGGGACUUAAAAGACUUUUGGCGUCAAUAGAAUUUGUCACCAAUCUUGGUAUAAUGUAUGACGCCUUAUGUGAAUUAGCUGACUUGUCUACAUCACUCCAAAAUAGAAGUCAUACAUUGACUCAAGCAAAUUGUUGUAUUCAACGUAUAAUAAUGGUUUUCGACUCAAUGGCUGAAAUUUAUGGUCCUAAAACAAAAGAAGCUAUUGAUUCAUGUGAAAAACAAUUAUUUAAAGACAUUCCACUCAUUACUAACAAUGCUAUACCAAAGAUAAAUCCAUUGCAGUUUUUUAGAAGUCUAUCUAAUAACUUACGAAGUAGAUUGUUCACAACACAAUCAUCAAACGUAUCUAUGCAAGGUAAUGAGUUUAAAAAUAUAUACACUCAAUUACUUAAUGACUUAGAUGUAUUGGACCCAAAAAAUUGGCCAGAUCAAUUUGAUAUACAGUAUGGCGACUAUGCAGUAAGAAAAUUAGCCAAUGUGUUUCAAGUUGAUGAAAGAUCUGCGAUAAAUGGAUUGACGCGUGGACCUAAAACCGACUUCUGGUGCUGUGUUAAGUUUACUCUUUGUUUUCCUCAACACCUUCACCUCACCGUCCACGCGGCACCCCACCGGUCCGCAACAGGAUUUCGGGAGUUUAAAGAUCUCAAGGAUAGUUCAACAGUUUUAGAUUUAAGACCAUUAUUAACUGCAAUUAAAACUGUAGCAAUAUCAUCCAGUGAAUGCGAAAGAGCUUUCAGUUCAAUGAACAAUAUAGUUACUACUAAAAGAAAUGCUUUGAACCCGACAAGUAUUUCUUCUCUCAUGUUGAUUAAUUGUGUAGGGCCACCAGUGCACAUGUUUGUACCUGAGCCUUAUGUUGUAUCAUGGAUACAGAAAGGCAAACGAUGUGCUGAUGAAGUUAACUGCCCUAAACGACAAAAUAUUGAAGUGAACCAUUCAUAUGUAGAGCUAUGGAAUAUAUUAAAAAUUUAA